GCGCCAUUAUUGUGAACGAAAAAGAGAAAAAAACUGUUUGGUGUUUUUUGUUUGGUGUUAGAAAAUUAUUCAAAUUAGCAUCAAACGAAAAAAAAUUGAAGGAUGAGUUCGCAAAGACUGAAAAGCCCGAGAAUUCGGACCUUUGUUCAAGAAUCCGAGAACAAAAGGCAUGGUUCAGAAUCUCCUGAACCACGUUCGAACAAAAAUCAUAUCCAGAAAAACAAAAUCGCUCUUAAAGACUUGACUAACAAAAACUUGGUAAAUACUCCAUUAAAAAAUAUGGGUAAUGCUUCAGAUAAGGACACAGAAUAUGAAAAAGAACAAGCAAUUACAAAGCCACAAGUUGGACGACAAACCAGAAGUAAAGGAAAGGUUGAUGUCACAUUGAAUUCUACCGAGAACCAAACAAAAAGCAGGACGAAAAAUUCUUUAAAGAAAGCCAAAAUUUCUGGAGUUGAUGAAGUUGAAGAAACAGUAAAUGUUGGAGAAAAUCUGAGCAAUGCAAGAAAAUUACCACAACCUUCAAGAAAAGCGGCCAAAGAGUCUGCAGAUUCAUGCCAGCGUUCCUCAGAAGCCAGCAAGACUCACUCACUCAAAGAAACCCUGCAAACACUAGAAGAAGAACCAUCAGAUCACGAGGAAGAGGAUAUCGUCCUGAAACCCAAGAAAUCCUCAGCAGCUAAAGAGACUAGCCAGACUUCCUUGCCUAAAGAAAUUCUACAACCAAUUCAAGAAGAACUUUCAGAUAUUGAAAAAGAAGAUAAUUUGCCGAAACCCCAAAAUUCAUCCAACAAAGUCCCAUCCACAUUGCCUUUAGAUUCAGAAAUGGAGAUAUUCGAAUCACCCAGAUCAACUAGGCGGCUGAGGAGUAUGGACACAUCACAGAACACUGAGAACGAGCCGCUCCACAAUCUGAGAUCACCUAAACCUACAGCCAAGAAUGCUAAUUCCAAGGAAACACCUGUUCGUCAGACUCGAUCUCAAGUUACAGAGUCUCCUGUCCUGAGAAGCACUAGAAAGAAUAACGCAGCACCAGCUUCUGCUACAAAGAACAAACCGAAAAGAAAAACCGUAUUGGAGAGAUGGUUGGAAGAGGCUGGAGAUACAAUUUUACCAGGUGGUUCAUCCAGAACAUGUCGGCAAUCGUCUCGCUUACAAUCGAUUCAAUCCAAUGUCUCAUCCAGUUCUUCCAUGCUCUCCUUCAAGUCUCCUAAACACGACACGAAAUCACCAAGUUCUAAACUAAUGUCACCCAAAAGCGGAUCAAAGUUCAAGUCUCCUAAAUCAGCAUCAAAGACACCCAAGAAAGUUCCAGUUUGGAAGACGGAGCCCAAGCCUGAAGCUUUCAAAUCGGCACCUGAUGAUGUUUACGGAUUCGAAUGCGAUCCUUCCGACUGCAAACCUGUCAAGAAGAAAAGGACCAGAAAGCCUAAAAAUGACGACAACGAUAUUUUCAAAUCAAGCAGAGUCAAAGCAGCAGCCUCCAAACCGACCAAACGUUUACAAAGAACCGCCGUACCACUCGCUGAAAAGCCCAAAACUCCGAUCAAAUCCAAACCAAUUGAAAAGCCUAAAACUCCCGUCCGAUCUAAACCAAUUGAAAAGGAUUUGCCAAUGAACACAACCAACCUACUCAAAUCUGUCGCCGAAAAACUCAACAACCUGGUGCAGCCGGACAAAACAUCUGAAUUGGAAGACGUGGUGUCCAUCUUAAACUUUUCGCCCAUCGCCAAUCAUUCGUCUACAGUUUACGAUACCACUCUACCCGAAGAAAUGGAUUUUGACCAGCACCAACCGUGUCUGGAUGAAAAGUCGACCUCUGGCGUACUGGCUGGAGAUUUCGAAGGAGAACAAACUACCGAUAUGACUCGUGAUUCUCAAGUUGAAAUGGAAAUGCAAAAACUGUUUGGAUUUGAACAAGAGCCCGAGCCGACCAAUUCCACUAAAGUAAUUGAAAGUAAACUCGUCAAAUCUACACCCAUUAGACAAGAAACAGUUGCCGAUUGUUUCUCGUCUGUUUCGCCCGUUCGUAAACUCUCCAAGGCUAUACGAAAGUCCAUCAAUCGUCCAGCCCGCAUCGAUGAAAAUGUGGCGCGUGAUUUGAUUCGUGGUAUCCGACCUCUCGAGCCAGUCAAACCAAAGUCGACCAAAUUGGUGCAGUACAUUCAAGUAGUGGGUGAGAAUCACGUGAACGAAGAAAAUGCCGUUGGUAAGAAAGUUGUUGUCCCUCCUACACCGCCCACAGUUUUCGACGAGCCUCCUAGGAAGUCCUAUUCGAAACGUGACUUGCGGAUAGCCAAACGAAAAAUACUCUUGGAAACCGAAGAUUUCGAUGAUUUCGGGGAUGUCGAUGAAACCCCCAAAAAGUUGAAGAAGCGAACUGGACAAAAGAAGAACAAACGCGACAAGGAAGAGGAGCAAUGGUGCAAAGUGAUGAAUUCGCACUUUGAAGAUAUCGAAAAGUUUAAUCUGUCAAGUUAAUUUAAAACAUGUCUCUCGUUUCCAUAUAGAACGUUCCAAAUA